AGGCGCCAUUGUGCACUGCGUCAGAGCGCCGGGCCGCGUUAGUCUGUGCGUGGCUGGCGGCCGGUGUGGACGCGGUCCGCCAUCAUGGCCUCAACGGCCGCACACCCGGGCCCUCCUGCCGCCGCUGCAACAGCUGCCGCCCCGCCGGCUCCCACCGCGCCUGGCAUCCUUAUCGGUGACCGGCUCUACUCGGAAGUGUCGCUCACCAUCGAUCAUUCGCUUAUCCCCGAGGAGCGCCUCUCUCCUACUCCCUCGAUGCAGGACGGCCUGGACUUGCAGUGUGAGACCGACCUGCGCAUCCUGGGGUGCGAGCUCAUCCAGGCGGCCGGCAUCCUUCUCCGCCUGCCGCAGGUGGCGAUGGCGACGGGGCAGGUGCUGUUUCAUCGGUUCUUCUAUUCCAAGUCCUUCGUCAAGCACAGCUUCGAGAUUGUUGCCAUGGCCUGCAUCAAUCUUGCAUCCAAGAUAGAAGAGGCACCUCGUCGUAUAAGGGACGUGAUCAAUGUGUUCCAUCAUUUACGUCAGUUAAGAGCAAAAAGGACUCCAAGCCCCCUGAUACUUGAUCAGAACUACAUAAACACCAAAAAUCAAGUAAUCAAAGCAGAAAGAAGGGUACUGAAGGAGUUGGGAUUUUGUGUUCAUGUCAAGCAUCCACAUAAGAUCAUUGUUAUGUAUUUACAAGUCUUAGAAUGUGAGCGUAACCAAACCCUGGUACAGACAGCCUGGAAUUACAUGAAUGACAGCCUUCGAACAAAUGUGUUUGUUCGCUUUCAGCCAGAGACUAUAGCAUGUGCUUGUAUUUAUCUUGCUGCUAGAGCUCUGCAGAUUCCACUACCUACCCGUCCUCACUGGUUCUUGCUCUUUGGCACCACAGAAGAGGAGAUUCAGGAGAUAUGCUUAACAACUCUUAAGCUCUAUACCAGAAAGAAGCCCAAUUAUGAAUUUCUGGAUAAAGAAGUAGAAAAGAGAAAAAUGGCGCUACAGGAAGCUAAACUAAAGGCAAAAGGUUUAAAUCCAGAUGGAACUCCAGCACUGUCAACACUGGGUGGCUUUUCUCCUGCGUCAAAACCAUCUUCCCCAAGAGAAGAAAAAGCUCAAGACAAGAGUCCAGUAUCUCUCAAUACCAAAACCCUUAAAAAAGAUCCAGAAGAGAGGCAGCAAGCUUCAAAGAGCCCUUACAAUGGCUUGAGAAAAGAAAGCAAGAGAAGUAGAAGCAGCAGAAGCGCCAGUCGAUCUCGGUCAAGAACAAAGUCACGGUCUCGAUCUCACACUCCUAGGCGGCACUACAAUAACAGGCGGAGCCUGUCUGGGACAUACAGCUCAAGAUCGAGAAGCAGGUCCCGCAGCCACAGCGGCAGCCCUCGCCGACACCACAAUCACGGCUCACCGCACCUGAAGACCACCAAACACAGCAGGGAGGAGCUGAAGAGUGCAAAUAGACACGGUCACAAAAGGAAAAAGUCCCGUUCGCGUUCGCAGAGCAAAUCCAGGGAUCAUUCUGACACUGCCAAGAAGCACCGGCAUGAGCGGGGACACCACAGAGAGCGGCGUGAGAGAUCCCGCUCCUUUGAGAGGUCCCACAAGGGCAAACACCACAGUGGCGGCCGGUCAGGACACAGCAGGCAUAGGCGCUGAAGUUAGCCCCUGCACCCUCUCCUAGCUAGGCCUGUAUAUAAUAACAUAGCAGUGGACUCUGUGAGAG